AGAACCCUCCAGGCGCGCGCACGCCUUGCCGCGCGGCCUUGCGCAUGAGCAGAUCAGCCCGGGGAGGCGGAAGUGAGGCGCUGGUGCGCGGAGGUGGGGGCCGUCGGGCUUGGCGUGGGGCGGGCGAGCUGCGGACAUGGCGCCCCCCGGGAAUCUUGUAGUUCCCCUGGCAGUUCUACUGCUGUUGCUUUCGGGGGCUCCCUGGACCCACGGGCGGCGGAGCGACGUGCGCAUCAUCACGGACGAGAACUGGAAAGAGUUGCUGGAAGGAGAGUGGAUGAUAGAAUUUUAUGCUCCGUGGUGUCCUGCUUGUCAGAAUCUUCAACCAGAAUGGGAAAGUUUUGCCGAAUGGGGAGAGGAUCUUGAGGUUAAUGUUGCAAAAGUAGAUGUUACAGAGCAGCCAGGACUGAGUGGACGAUUUAUCAUAACUGCUCUUCCUACUAUUUAUCAUUGUAAAGAUGGUGAAUUUAGGCGCUAUCAGGGCCCAAGGACUAAGAAGGACUUCAUAAACUUUAUAAGUGAAAAAGAGUGGAAGAAUAUUGAACCUGUUUCAUCAUGGUUUGGUCCAGGUUCUAUUCUGAUGAGCAGUAUGUCAGCACUCUUUCAGCUAUCUAUGUGGAUCAGGACUUGCCAUAACUAUUUUAUUGAAGACCUUGGAUUACCGGUAUGGGGAUCAUAUACAGUUUUUGCUUUAGCAACUCUGCUUUCAGGACUAUUAUUAGGACUCUGUAUGAUAUUUGUGGCAGAUUGUCUUUGCCCUUCAAAAAGGCGCAGACCACAGCCCUACCCUUCCAAAAAAUUAUUUCCAGAAUCUUCUCAACCUUUGAAAAAAGUGGAGGAGGAACAAGAGGCUGAUGAAGAAGAUGUUUCAGAAGAGGAAGCUGAAAAUAAAGAAGGAACAAACAAAGACUUUUCACAGAAUGCUAUAAGACAACGUUCUGUGGGUCCUUCAUUGGCCACAGAUAAAUUCUAAUUUUAUAAAAAUCUUAAUAUGAUUUUGACAAAAAAAGAAGAUCAUUUAUUUUGGUUUGAAGUGAAUUGUCACUUGUACAUUGCAAGAUUCAGUCUAGGUUGUCAUUAGAGUGAAUGGUCUACCUUUGAAUAAUAAAAGUAGUGCUCUGUAAAUAAGUUUGAAAUAGGAUUAAUAACAGUAUGGUGGUUUAAACAAUUCUUUAAUUUUUGAACAAUCUGGUGCGGAGCAAUAAGAUUAGUUUAUGUUUGUUUAAUAAUAACGUUUUUCAAGUCUGAGUUGAAAAACUACAUUUCCCAAGUAUUGCAUUAUUGAGGUAUUUAAGGCGAUUACUUUAUAGAGAAAACAGAUUUCUCAUUUGAUAAAAUUUUUCUCAGUUUCACUGUGUGAAAAAAAGAACAUAUUUCCCAUAAAUGGGAACUUUGCCCAUUGUCUCAAGAAAUGUGUAUUUCAAUAACAACUAUGGUUCUUUUAGGGAUAUAGUCCAAAGUUUCCUCGUAUUUUUUAGAUUAUGCAACUAAUAAAAACUACCUUAUUUUAAUUACAGUUUUCUACAUACGAUAAUACAGGAUAUGCUACUGAUGUAGGAAGUUUUUGUAAAUCCAUGGUGUUGUCUUGAUUCCUGUAAAGGUUGGUUACCUUUUUUUGUUCCUUUGUUCAGUGUAUGAUUUGUAUUUUUCUUACUUACCAUGGGUUACAUUUUUCAUUUUUCAAGUUGAAUAAUAUCCUGGAAAUAUUUUUCAUGUUUUAAUAAAUAGUACUUUUUUUGUUGUUUUUUAACUGAAGUUUACUGAGGGAUCCUUAAAAUUGAUGAGCUGUCUACUAAUUUAAAAUUUUGGCCACUCUUUAGAUUUUAUAUUGUUCUUGUUGAACAUAUACUUGGACUUUUUGUUUGUUUGUUUUUGGAUGUGAAGGCGAGUAUUCCUGAUUUUUAUUUUAUUUGGAAAAGCCUAGGUAUUUUACAUUUUGAAAAUUCACAGAAGCUUAAUCUGAUAUAAAGUUAGUGUUCUACUCAGGAAAAAGCAUCUUUUAUAGUGUAUGUUUUCAGUGUACCUUUGCCUUCACAUACAGAAAGUUCUUAAUUGAUUUUACAAAGUCAGUGUAUACUCGGUGUAUUAAAAGCAUAACAUUUUUAUGUUUUUGAGAAGACAGACUUUCUUUUCUCUACUUUUAUUGUGUAUUUCACAGGUGGGAAUCAGCAGGAUGGGACAGUUAAUAUAUUUUUACUCUUCGAAGAACUAGAACACAUUUUUUACCUUACAGCAAAGAGGGUGGGUGUGGGGUGGCAAUAGAGAACUGUAUGAGCUACAAGAAGGGGAAAAUAACCACAAACCACCUGUCCAUUAUGUAAUAGACAAUUUCUGUAAUGUCCCCUUUCAUCUGGAUUCUCUUGCUGUGUGUGAAUUCAUUAGACCUACAGUUUCAAAAUGUACAACAGUUUUCUUUAAAUGCCUCUCCUUUAGUCUAUUAAAUAUUCUACCAUUAAAGAGUUUGGAUGUGUAGUGAUUUGGGGAUUCUUUAGAAAAAUAUUUUAAGUACAAAAUAAACAUCUAAGCACUUC